UCGCUGUUGGUACAGACAUUCGCGUACAAGGGAAGAGUUUACGACAUACCCCGAAAUCUGGUUGUAAUAUUCGUCACGUCGCAAACAGUGUCGUUAAUUCCCUCGUCGUUGGCUGACUUGUGCAUGCUGACUGUGGAUCACUAUGGCCAGGAUCAUCUGCCAUUUGAUUGGAGACAGUUCGGCACCCCUAAUGCUCUAUUGUGGGACCCUUACUACGAGACUAUAUAUCGUUCCGAUUGGAAACAGUUCGGCACACCCGGCACCCUGGUAUGGAAUCUUCACAACGCGGUUUGGGGAUGUUUUAUACUGUCGUAA